GGUACCUGGGAGAGUGGACUGUUGUGGGUGGAUCCUGGUAGCAUUAAUGUUGGCCAGGAUGAUAAAGUUUUGCCCGCUGCUACAACAUGACUGUGUGUGCAUACUUAAUGGAUGUAUUGGUUGGGGAAUUUUGGUUAACACAGCCAGUUAACACCCCCCAGUGUACCAGAGAUGCACUCUGCCCUAUUGUUGGAGUCCAGGUAACACAUAACAUUGCCACUUGUGUGGGCUACUUGACGAUCCGAUCCCUCAAACUGCCCGCGCAUGAGAGGAAAAAAACCCUGUUUAUAAAGGGUAAAAAAGAACUGGUAGCUUGCCUCACAAUCUCAAUAUCAUUCAGGAGUCUGGGAGAAGAUGUAGCACUUCACACUCAAGAUAUUACUCAAGUUGGGGAUCAUGAAAGAGAGAAUCUUCCUGGAGUUAUUCCUUCAGAGGAACUAACCAAGGGCAAAAUGGUAAGGUCUAUGGCUAUCCAUAAACAUGUCUCACCAGAACAAGAUAAAGAGGCAAGCAUAACUAAAAUUAAAUUGUGUAAGACAAUUAACCACAUACAACAUCCUGAAAACUCGGAUAUUAUUUAUGGUACAGCAAACAAAUGCAGGACAGAUAAAGAACAAGAUGAUAGACUUGAGCAGUCAUUUACAUUUGAUCAGGACUCCAAUGACUCUCUUUCCAAAAAGAACAGAGUACACAGUGAAUGUUCAGAACUAUUAGCUUUGAAAAUUGCAGAAUUUGAGAGCAAUUUAACAGAUAGUUCUGGUGACUGGAAAACUAUGGUUACUAAUCAUAGAAGGGAAUUUGAAACUCUGCAACCAGCACCAAUUUUGUACUUCGGUCAUAAUGUAGAAGCUGAAAAGUUAUGGAAUGAGAAGAUGAAAGCCGUUGGGGGAUGUAUUGUGCAGCUGGCAGACUCUGAACAGUACAGCUGGGAAGAGCCAGAAAAUGUGGCUUCCCAGAAACCAAGGUCACCACAGUGUCGGCAGAGGAAAACCAAUGAUGCUAAAUGUAAUCAAACAGAUUCAUUGGUAUUAGAUGGCUCAGAUAAAAAAACAACAAGGAAAAUUAGUGAUUCAUUACUGGUUGGUCAUUUUAAUCCUAAGGUUCAGCAGAUUAAGCUGCAGAAACCACUACAACAUCCCAGUGGCUGGUUGCGCACAACUCCAGUUGUCAUACCGAAGCAAUGCAGUCACAUUCCUUACCCUAAACUCAAUCGGUCAGCUUUUCUCCGUAGAGCAAAACUUGAUCCCCAGCUUGCACAUCAGUUGCAUGCAGAGAUAAAGUAUCAAGUGAAGCAAAGACUGAAAUAUGUGGAUGAAAAUUUUGAAGCAGAAUUUAUCAAACUUCGAGGAAGGAAACUUAGGAAAGGUCAAAUAUGUGGCAGGUUUACAGUUGGCUGCCAGACUGGAGAAACCUUGGGUGGUUAUAUGCAAAAUGAUAAAGAGCUUUCACAAAAAUACGUAUUUCAUGACUCUACAUAUCUUAUACAUAAAGCUGAAUAUCAUAAGGAAAUGGAAGAAAAUGAGAGAGAUGAAAAUCAACAAAUACCUGAAGCUGUUCUUGAAAACAAUCUAAAGAAGAAUAAUGACAUGAAAAAUGGCAGGGAGGGAGUAAGCCAACUGAAUAGAAACUUAACAUUUGAUAUGACUGAAUAUCAGUUAAGCAAUAAAAAUAAUUCUAAUGAGAAAUAUGAAGAUGAUUUUGAGCUGUCCACUGAGUCACAAUCAAGCAGUUUAUCUAAUACAGUGGAAACACAAAAUUCUCUAAAUCAGUAUGCUCCACAAACUGAAAAACACAUUUACAACAAGAUGACUUCUCCCUCAUUGUCCUUUUCUGUUUCUCUCAGUGAACCAAAGCUAGAGAGUAAAGAAAGGAAGCCUACUAAUAAAAUUCGAGAUAAUAAACUGAAAGAUUUUGAAACUAGAAGUGGGAUGUUAUUUAACUCUGAAUCUGUUGUAAGGGAACCUUCUCACGACACAGGUCUCACUUACACAGUACAUGAAGACCUUCCACAACAAAAGGAAAAUCUUAUCACGGCCACAUCAGUUGAAACAGACCAACAUUCAUCUUUUAAAAAGACACCAUCUAGCCAAAAAAUUAGUAGCAAUCAAAGUAUUACUAGUAAUCUGAAACCUGAUGAUGAUACAUAUUCUUCACAAGUGUCUGAAGCCUCUGAUCUCUCUGUUGAAGUGCUUCAGGAGAUAUUGAAAGGAAAACAUGCAGAUUUUCUGAUGAGAAAUGGCAGUCAGAUCAGUGAUUCAAAGAAAGAAUUAUCAAUUGCAGAGGAAAUUGACACAAGUGAUAGCUCUAUAGCAAUAUCUGUAAAGAACAGUGAAGAGCAGCAGAGCUCUGUUGCAAGUGUUGCUGAAAAAUACAUAGACAGUUCCAAAAGACACAGUAUGAUUAACGUCAAUAGUGAAAAUUUACAGGAUAAUAGGCUACCUACUUCACGUAUAGUAGCAGAUCAAACUAGCAUGAUUGGUAAUUCUACUAAAAAUAUUGCAAAAUGCAGUGCAGUGACUUUGCAGGGAGGUGAAGUGAAUAAUAACUCAGUGCAUCAAAUAGAAAGAACUAUAUCUCUGGGUUCUCCAGGAACAAGUGAUAGAGUUAAAACUGCCAGUGAAAAAUCUGCAAGGUACAGUGAGAGCAGAGGAUCCUCUCCACGAGGACUAGAUGAUAUAGAUAGCAGUAUUAGUGAUGUUAGUGCUCGCAUUGCUGCUCUUUUGCUGGCCAAGAGAGUAAGUGUUACCAGACUUAACACAGAUUCUGUUAGCUCAUAUAUUCCAUCAGAUGCUAGUGAGACGCUAUCCAGCCUAUCAGAUAUGACUGGAGAUUAAGGCAGUGAAGUAAGCCUGUUCCAUUCAUUGUACAUAUUUCUAACAGCAUAUAGUACUCUUCUGUAGGCUUCCAUAAAGAGUAAGUUUUUUCAGCAAGAAGAAAUGACUGUAGCAUAGGUAAAGUGUGCAUAUACACAGGAUCUUAUAUGUAGAAUAUAAUAGGGUGGUGAACAUGACACAUGUGCAACACCUAGGUAUCUUUACUGGAUAGAUGUUUUGCCUAAACAGCAGGCUUUGUUUUCAGUAUAUUACAGGGACAUAAUGAUGGGGACAUUUAUAGUGGAGCCAGUAGAAGGGUUGGAGAGCUGUAGCAGUUGUAGACAUCACAGGUGGGCAGGACCCACUCGUGGAAGUAGGUUAUUCCCCAUAAGGUGGGCCAUAGGUUAGCACCAGAGUUGUAGAAGAUUUCCUUUUUACCAAGAUUUCAUGGUGUUGCUGUCAGACACAUAUCAUUAGAUCAAACAUACCAUACUGACAAGUGAUGAAGACACAAACAAUACUUUGGUUUCUUUAAUGAAGAGACGUUUUGCAUGCAAACAGGCAGUCUCGAAAAUUAAGAUACCCAGGUGUUGUACAUGUGUCGUAUUCAUCAUUUUGCCAGUAUUGUACAGCUUUGAUCUAAAAACAUGAUAGCCUAGACAUGCUGUAUUCAGUUUUGGGAUCCAAGAACUCUCCAGGUGCCCAGGCUGAUCAUUAUCAUUCAGGAUACAGCUGAUUAUUUUCUCUCAGGAAGAACAUAGCCAAAGUCACCAAGGGUGUACACAUGAUUUAUGACCAUACUGUUAGCUAAAUGGACACAAAUGCGACUAAUGUGACAUUUUAUUUUGGUAAUGAAAUGUUGCAAUAGUUGCAUGUGCAUGUGUCCAUUUACCUAAUAUACUACUGUAACGUUGGUAAUUUUACCAUUAUUACUAUUACAGUAUUGGUGAACGACUCUCAUGCAUCUAGUGUUUAUUUUAAAUAUAAUAAUUACUAGCAUUAAGAAUACACAGCAGGCAAAUGUUAUUCAGUUAUUCUUUCGAUAAAGACGCAGAGCAUAUAGCUAGUUAGCCACUAUUAUAUUAUUAUUAUUAUAAUCAAGGGGGAAGCGCUAAACCCGUAGGAUUAUACAGCACCCGGGGGGGAUGUGGAAGGCAUUCAGGCUUAAUUCGGGGAACUGGAGCACAGAUCCAAUUCCCUAAAUCAAGAGCCCCUCACCAACAUCAAGGAACCUUCCAUGAGGGGCCCUCUAUUAUAAUUUGUGAUAUAGAUUAGAGCAUCACAACUAUCAUCACAGGGAAACACUUGGCACAUCAAGGUCAUGCUGCACAUGAGGAAUAGGAGAUAACAGAGGAAGGGGAAGGGUAACACUAAUAAGUUGCAUCAAGAUCUUUUCUCUAGGUAAGACACAUAGGCAACAGUUAGGCAACUUUAUUCCGAAACGUUUCGCCUACACAGUAGGCUUCUUCAGUCGAAUACAGAAAGUAGGCAGGAACAGUAGAGA